CCAAUAUUUAACUUUGACCAAAACGAGGAAAUUGAAUCACUUAAAUACCCGAACGUAUGGAUCGGAGUCAUGACAUCGAGUCAGUUGCCCGUCAAUGGUGUCAAACCGUUUGAGAUGUGUGGCCAACAAUUGGUGGCCUUCAGGGGUGCGACGGGUGCUGUCCACGUGUUAUCCGCCUAUUGUCCGCAUUUGGGCGCAAAUCUCGGUGUCGGCGGACAUGUGGUGACUGAAUUGGGCGACGACUGUAUUCAGUGUCCAUUCCAUGGCUGGAGGUUUGGGGGCGCAGACGGACAGUGCAAACACAUACCUAAAAUUGAAACAAUUACUAUAUAUCAGGUACCCCACGACAACGGAAUAGAUCUAGAACAUUUUGGCUACGUACAUCACGUACUGAUACCAAACGUGCUAACAUUGGAUUUUGAGUUUGACACCGAUUAUGGCGAUGGACCGGUACCCAUAAUUACAGGUAUUACUACCCUGAAACUAUUUGGCCGAAAAUUGUUGCGCAUGCGCACCACUUCGCGCAAAGAAUCGCCCGUUCAAGAGAUGGUGUCAUUUGGCUAUAUCCACGUCAAUGCAGUACAGGUGCCACUCAGCCACGAUCGGACAUUUAUAAUUAUUGGCCUGUAUGGAGUCCGCACUGUAUUUGCUAUGAUAUACUUUAAACUAUUUUUGAUGUUUCUUAUUGGUCAG